ACCGUCAGACCAGACGACAACUCAAACGAUGGACGAGCAAAUAGCCAAAGCCUCCAUGGCAAAGAGAGCUCCGGAUAGCCAAGCCGACGACAAUCUAAUCCUAUACGAACUGGACAUUCUACUGACCCCUGAACAAGUACUAUCUCGGGAGGAAUUGCCCAAUACGGAAGAUGAAGAUAAUCCAGUGCCAGUUGAGUUAAAUACUAAUAUACAACCAUCGCGAAUUUGGCCAGAUAAAAGAAUUCCUUAUAAAAUAACCCCUGGCGUGUUUAAUACAAAAGAUAUACAAGAAAUCAUGAAAGCCAUAGACGAAUGGCAAAAGCACACCUGCAUUAAGAUAGAGCCGGCAGAUUCAUCUGAUGAAAAUUAUAUUAACUUCGACGACGGGCCUGGUUGUGCUUCUCAUGUUGGUAUGCUUGGGGGCCCUCAAAAAGUAACAUUAGCCGCGAACUGUAGGAAAAAACAGAUCAUUAUUCACGAAGUUGGCCACGCUAUCGGUUAUAAUCACGAACAAGGUCGGCCGGACAGAGAUGACUAUGUUGAAAUUAUGAUGGAAAAUAUUGACAAGCAACGGCUAUAUAAUUUUAAGAAAUUGUUCCCAGAGGCUUUCUUAAAUUACACUCCUUACGACUACCAAAGCAUCAUGCACUACGGUAACAGAUAUUUUUCCGCAAACGGUGAAAUCACACUGCGAACCAUUGACCCGGCUUAUCAAGAUAUCAUAGGAACGGCUAAAAAUUUGAGUUUUUACGACAUUAAAGACGCGAACAUUAGAUACGACUGCGCCGAUCAGUGUGAAAACAAACCCAUCUGCCCGGAGGAAGCGUUUGUGGGUAAAGACUGCACGUGCUGGUGCCCGGUUAAGGGAAAGAAAAUCUUGUCCACUUGCCCAAGUAUCACGACUAAACGGGCGAAAACCACGACACCAACAACAAAACGGAUGAAAACCACGACAACAACAAAACGGACAAAAAGCACACCAACGACACCAAAAAGGAAAAAAAUCACGACAACAGAGAUUGAACCGACAGCUUCGUGUGAACUUUGUUCAGAUGCAUCGUUUUGGAAGAUGAUGCAGGUUUAUUUUUAACAUUAAAAUGUAACAAAUGAUGGAAACUUAUUUGUCUACACUACUUGAGUUUUAUGUACAACUCUUGUAUAUUGCUUUUUCUAAAAUGAAAUU